GCAGUCACCCAUGCUGCCGCCUCGCUUCCCCAGAGCAGCCGCCGCCUCGGCCUGGCCAUGCUUCCUCCUCCUCCUGCUCCAUUUCCACCUAUUAGCCCCCCACCUCGCCGCCCAAGCCGCCGACGCCGACGCCCUGCUCACCCUCAAGUCCUCCCUCGACCGCUCCGACCGCCUCCCCUGGCGCCCCGACACCGCGCCCGCCUUCUGCUCCGCCUGGCCCGGCGUCCGCCAGUGCGUCCCCGCCGGCCGCGUCACCAAGCUCGUCCUCGAGGGCCUCAACCUCACCGGCUCCCUCACCGCCGCGCUCCUCGCGCCGCUCGCGGAGCUGCGCGUCCUCAGCCUCAAGUCCAACGCCCUCACCGGGCCCAUCCCGGACGCCCUCCCCCGCGCGCUCCCCAACCUCAAGCUCCUCUACCUCGCCGACAACCGCUUCCAGGGCCGCGUCCCCGCCACCCUCGCCCAGCUGCACCGCGCCACCGUCAUCGUGCUCUCCGGCAACCGCCUCACGGGCGAGAUCCCAAGCUCCCUCGCCGCCGUGCCCCGCCUCACCUCGCUCCUCCUUGACCGGAACCUGCUCACCGGCUCCGUCCCGCCGCUGGCUCAGGCGACGCUCAGGGCGCUCAACGUCUCCGGCAACCGCCUGUCGGGGGAGAUCCCGCCGGCGCUCGCCAGGAGGUUCAACGCCUCGUCUUUCCUCGCCAAUGCCGGGCUGUGCGGCCCCCCGCUGGGCGUGCGAUGCCUGGCCCCGGGCCCCGCGCCGCUCGCCGCGGCCACGGCGGCGUUCGCGCCCCGGAUGACGGAGAGCCGGCGGCGCGGCAAGAACGCGGGCAUCGUGGCCGGCGCCACGGUGGCGGGGGUGGUGGUGCUGGGCCUCCUGGUGGCCGCGGCAUUGAUGGCGUCGCGGCGCGGGAGGAACAAGCGCGUGGCCGGCGACGUGGACAAGGGCGUCGGCGUCGGCGUGGUGGGGGAGCAGCAGGAGCAGCAGCAGCAGCAGCAGCAGCCGCAUCAACAUGCCUCGCCGCACCAGCAGCGUGACUUCUCGUGGGAGCGCGAGGGCAUCGGGAAGCUUGUGUUCUGCGGCGGCGUGUCGGAGAUGUACAGCCUGGAGGAGCUGCUGCGCGCGUCGGCCGAGACGCUGGGGCGCGGCGAGGUGGGCAGCACGUACAAGGCGGUCAUGGAGACGGGGUUCAUCGUGACGGUGAAGCGGAUGCGCGAGCCGUCGGCGGCGGGCGGGGUGGGCGCAGCGGAGUUCGGGCGGCGCGCGGAGGAGCUGGGGCGGGUGCGGCACCCCAACGCGGUGGCGCUGCGGGCAUACUUCCAGGCCAAGGAGGAGCGGCUGCUGGUGUACGACUACUACCCCAACGGCAGCCUCUUCUCCCUCGUGCACGGGUCUCGGGCGUCCAGCAAGGGGAAGCCGCUGCACUGGACGUCGUGCCUGAAGAUCGCCGAGGACGUCGCAUCGGGGCUGCUGCACCUCCACCAAUGGAGCAUCGUCCACGGCAACCUCAAGCCCUCCAACGUCCUCCUGGGCCCUGACUUCGAGUCCUGCCUCACCGACUACGGCCUGGUGCCGACGCUGCUCCCCUCCAACGCCCAGCUGCACUCCCUCUUCUACCGCGCACCCGAGGUGCGCGCCGCCGCCCCCGGCUGCUUCACGCCGGCUUCCGACGUCUACAGCUUUGGGGUGCUCCUCCUGGAGCUCCUCACGGGGCGGACGCCGUUCCAGGACCUCAUGGAGCUGCACGGCGACGACAUCCCCAGCUGGGUGCGCGCGGUGCGCGAGGAGGAGAGGGACACCACAACCGACUCCUCCUCCGUCUCCGUCUCCGCCGACGACAAGCUCACGGCGCUGGUCGCCAUCGCGGCGGCGUGCGUGGCCGCGGACCCGGCCAGGCGCCCCACCACGGCCGAGGUGCUCCGGAUGGUCAGGGAGGCCAGGGCCGAGGCCAUGUCCUCCUCUAACAGCAGCGACCGCUCGCCGGCGCGGUGGUCCGACGCCAUGCUGGGCGUGCCGCGGGAUCAACCCACGGACAGCUUCACGGACAGGGACUGAGGCUGUCACUGUCACCACCACCACCACCACCCGCAGCAGCAGCAGCGUCGUCUUUAGGCCUAGGCUAGGACAAGCAGCCAUAGAAUUGAGAUUUGAGAGUGUCAUUGGAUUGGGUUUGCUUGCUGUAAAAUCUUCGUUUCCGAACUGUGAUGCUGUUUCUUUUUCAUCAGAUGAGAUCAGAUCCUACAAAAAGAAAAGGCAAAGCAAAGCUAAGAUUGCAUCCCCUUUGUUUUUCUUUUCA